GAAAAGGUCUGCCGAGACCCAGCCCUCUGAAUCUACCCAAUCAAAGAAGCCAAGGUCCUCCUCUGCAACGUCUUCAAAAUCCAAGGUGCCAAACGUCCCUUGGACGCCCGAGAUUACCCUGGAGGACAAGCCGGUCAUGGCUACUGACAGCGCCGACGACAUUAAUGUCGGCGUUGCCCUUAGUAAAGCUCUUUUUCUCCCAGGUGAUCUGGAAAAGAAUGCUGGAAUGAGUGAGUAUGAGAAUUAUACUUUCAUGCUUCAACACUGUGUUCAAGCUGUUCAGCAUGCCCACUCAUUUUCCAUGCAAUCUUUUGAAAACAGGGAGAAGUUAUCUGACUUGUAG